AUGGAAGAUGAGGAGUGCAACAAAGAUUCUGAAAUGCUCACUCCUACUGAUAUCUUUCCAGGCUUUAAAGGGGUGUUGAAGAAGUCAUUAAAGGAUCGGAAAUUCCAAGGUGCACAACAUGCCAAAGGAGGAAAUGAUGAAUCUAAGCCUGUUGAGGAGCAAGGCAGGAAGGAUGCUUGGUCUCAGUAUAUGCAAGAAGUACGCAUGUAUAAGGAGAAGCUGGGAGAUGAAGAACCCAAGACACGACCACUAGUGAAAUGAUACUCAAAAGGGCUUCAAAAGGACAAUUUCCUGUAGGCAUUUUGCCGGGUGAUCACAAAGUCCUCUUUCCAUUUCUUCCCCUCAUGGGGAAUGAGUUUUUUUUCCUGGCAUUCUAGAUCAAUGUCUGUUCUUGUUUGGAGUCCGAGGAAGAAGAAGCAAAUACAGCAUGCAGUUAAUACUUAUUUCAUUCUAUCUAGAAGAUAGAUUUUUCUCUGUCCCAAAGUGUCCAAAUGUGUCCAAAUUUUGAAAUAACUUCUUUUCUGGUCAGAGUGGAAGAUGGUAAAACUAUGUUUUUUCUCAUUCCAAUAAGAAUGGCUAAGAAGCACUCUUGCAGUACCUAUGGCUCUCCACCAUCUUGAACUGGUUGGAGGAAUGAUCUUGUUUUUUUUUUUCAGGUGUUCAUUUCCCUAUUGAUUGUCAACAAAUAUUCCUGCAGAAAAUAUAUUGGGGACUUGACUUC